UAGAAGUAUCAAACUCCACAAACUACUUACAGGAGACUUAGCGGGCUAACUAACUGUGAUAGAAAAGUACUUUAUUUUUCAUAAUUUUAACUUCCUCUAUGUUUUGUAUUAAUAAAGUACAACAAAUGUGUCUAGUCUAAUUGGUUACAAUUCUUGUCUUUGGUGGAAGGGACCAUGGUUCAAAUCCUAGCAUUGAUAUCUUUUUAUAUGAAAUAAAAAAAUGAUUGUGUAGAUGAAAAUACCCUUCCUAUUUUCACUCUCGUUGCAGGAAAUUUGAAAUGGAACAAAUCAAACUCUUUAAAAUGUAUUAUAAGUUAUCUAGACAACAAAAUACUUUGGAUUUUUUUUUUUAAAUAUACACAUUGUGAAUAAUGCUCGACAAUCUCAUUGAAUAUAGCCCACUAGAAAUCAUUCAAUUUCCGAAACUUGUUCUUGAUUCAUUCCGGAGUUGGAAAAACUAUUUCAACACUUAUAGUUGCAACUGCUCAAAUCAUUACAGGUUUGAGGAGAAAAUAAACCGACCGAUGAAUAUGAUGGGAUUUGCUUUUGUCAUUGCCAUUAUCUAAGUCAAUUCAUCAAUUUCUUUUAGUCCAGGGAAUAACUCAUCGUUUUUUACAUGAUGAUAAUAACUGUCAAAAUGACGCAGAAAGAAAUGAGCCAAAAAGGUAACCAAACUCGUUAGGAUAAAAUCGAGUUAGGAUCCCGCAAAACUCUGAGCCUAUGUUUAGAGCAACAAUCAUCUGCAAGUAGUUUUGAUAACUGGUCCUCAAGUGGCAUGUGACUCUACUCGUAUGAGAAACUAGCAAGCGGCAACUUCAUAAUCCCCCUUUAAGUUUGACUUAAUGGAGGUUGAUAUUGGGAAUCAAGAGAAUACUACAUCGAGCAACUAGCAGUUCGACCAUAUGCAAGUUGUCAGUCACAAUAUGUCGAAAACCAAUAACAGCGCCUAGACAGUCAUUUGCGGUCGUCAUCACCAAGCAUAUAGGUUAUUGAUAAGAAUGCACAAAACAUCAAAACUGGACUUGAUGCAGCGGCGAGGUGAAGGAAGAGAUCAAAUUAGAGGCAUUAAGGGGAGGAUCGAAGUGGAGGGGAUGAAAAGAACGACUAGGAGAGCAUCAUUGGACUCGGGGGAGCGAAUUGAGCAAUGAAGAUUGAUGCAAGUAGUUGAUUAUUUUCGAAAACCAUUGUGUUGCUGGAUUUCCAUAUUCUCCAUAGCAAAGCAAACCACUUGGAAAAAUGUGCAUGGUUGUACACAUGACAUGUUACAUUAGUCUCUACCAUAAAGCGUUUAAUUAUUAUUGCGCGGUGAUCCAAUUUCCAUCUCUAUCAUUUGCCAUAAUCGAGUAGCUAAUGGACAAAUUAAAAAUAGAUUUUCCAAUGUCUCGUCCUCGUCGUGAAUAAUAUGGACUCUAUGGAAAACGAACUACUCCGGCCCACAUCGUUUCGCCUAAAUUUCUAAGGGGCCCUAGCCCAUUUUCUUUAUCGCCGAGCACUGCGAAAGCCCAGCAGCUGCGUUGUUUGUCCAACAAAAACCCUAGAAACGGGGCGUCUAUCUCUGCUUUAUAUUUAACGCUCCAAAACCCUAAUCGCUAACAUCGUUUCCGCCUGCAGCAGUCGAAGAUGUCGAAGCGAGGACGAGGAGGUUCCGCUGGGAACAAGUUCAGGAUGUCACUGGGUCUGCCAGUGGCGGCCACGGUCAAUUGCGCCGACAACACAGGUGCCAAGAACCUGUACAUCAUCUCCGUGAAGGGGAUCAAGGGUCGAUUGAACCGAUUGCCAUCUGCUUGCGUCGGUGAUAUGGUGAUGGCCACUGUGAAGAAGGGAAAGCCCGAUCUGAGGAAGAAGGUCAUGCCUGCCGUCAUUGUUAGGCAGCGCAAGCCAUGGCGCCGAAAGGAUGGUGUCUUCAUGUACUUCGAGGACAAUGCUGGGGUCAUUGUCAACCCGAAGGGAGAAAUGAAAGGAUCUGCUAUUACUGGUCCCAUUGGAAAGGAGUGUGCUGAUCUAUGGCCGAGAAUUGCAAGUGCUGCCAAUGCUAUAGUUUAACCUUGCCUGCUUUUGUUGUUUGUUGAUUUUGGAACCUAGUCUUUAUUUUAGAGUACCUGUAGGUGUGUUUGUGGAACUUGGAUUUUGUUUGAAGUCUGAUGAUCAGAAGUACAUUGAAGAAGUUGAAGCGUUUUUCAUGUUUACCGCGUUAGAUGUGCUUUCUUCCCGUGAUCUCUCAAUAAUUUGAUCUCUUCCUUUGAAUUUUGCUUUCUUCCCGUUCAUGGAUAUCGCAAUUUACCCCUUUCGUGAAUAAGCUCGACCAUUGAUC